AUGAAGGGUAUAGAUGUGCCCCACCAUUUUUCCAGGUUUGAAGAAAAGGGAUCUAUCAGCUCAACGUCGAACGAACAAAAUCAAGGAUCGCAUCUUGCUAGAGUUCCAUCAAAUACAAACGUCGAAUGGUCCUGGUGGUUCGUCGCCGGAGAUUUGGAGCCGUUGGGUCGACGGUUGGAGGUGCUCGGCAGCAAGGAGCAGUCAGACGGCGAUGCUUUGUUGAUUUCUCACCGGACUCGUCGCUUGUACAUAGAAGGAGAUCGGAGCAGCAAGCUUUGUCGGCGAUGCAAGUUAAUUGCGUCAAGUGGCCCCGAUUGA